AUGGAGUUAGCAUCAGUUUAUUAUCUGCUGUUCAUUAUUUAUUUCACAAAAUUUGGAGCUUGCGAUUCCAAAUUUGAGCAUAUCAGUGACUGUGUAUAUGCACGUAUAUUGGAAAGAAAGCCUGGAACCGAUUGGUUGACAUUCAAGUGCAACGAAGUUGACCAUGAACAAGACAUUUUUCUUCAAGAUAAAUUUCACUGUUCAUAUCAUCCAGUAAACCACAGUGAAUAUGCUUUCUAUCCGGGCACAAUAAAAUUCGAAAACUGUCGUUUCAAUCAGAUUCACAUAGAUUUUUUCGCGAAAUUCCCGAACAUACAUACAUUCAAUAUUUCGGACAUCGAACUGGAAACACUGCAAAUCGGUACAUUUUCGGGAGCAAAAAUUUUAACAAAUUUAUUCGUUGCAAAUAAUCAACUAUCCGAAAUACAAUCAGGUGUAUUUUUUGCCGCUAAAAAUCUAGAAGUUGCUGAUUUUGCAUGUAAUAAUAUCAAAAGUGUUGACACUUUCGCUUUCAAAGAUGCAAAAAUCCUCGAAACACUAAAUCUGUCGCAAAAUGCAAUAACAAAACUUGACGAAUACAUGUUUGUCGAUUUGAUCAAUUUAAAGGAAUUGAAUUUAUCGCAUAAUAAAAUCAAUGAAUUUGAUUUUAGUGCAUUACCCAUGAAUUUGAUGAUAUUGGAUUUGUCCAACAAUAACAUAUCAAAUUUGGAAAGAACAUUCACAAAAAUUGCCAAAUUAAAACACCUUAAUUUGGCAUUCAAUCCACUGGCUAAUUUAAACAUUGGAGCAUUUGCCAAAGUACCGUAUCUGGAAUACCUGAAUUUGAGACAAACUCAUUUAUCCGCCAUUCCAUUGGCAACGUUUUCACAUCAGCAAAAAUUGGUUUCACUGGAUUUAUCCGAAAAUUAUUUGAAAAAAUUGGAUUUUAAGAUGUUUGAGCUCAUUCUUCCCGAUUUAGAAUCACUCCAUUUGAAUGGAAAUCGACUGAAGGACCUGCAUGGAUUCGCAAGUGAACUUUUUCCGCAAUUACAUGUGUUCGAUAUUAGAGGAAAUAAUUUCAACUGCUCUUAUUUACUGCAAUUCAUGAAAUCAAUCAGCUCGGAAAAACUUCACAUUCCAGUUGCACCAGAAACGAUUAAAACCGGCGACACGCAUGUUCAAGGCAUCAAAUGCAAAUCUCGGGAUGAAGUGAUGGAACUUCAGAAUCAUGAUAAUGUAACGGAAGGAGAUGAAGCCACAGAAGGACAUGAAGCCACAGAAGGACCUACACAGGACAUUCAAUUACACGGAAAUGACAUGAAGGACAACGGUGCUAAAUCAACUCGAGAAUGCCACAAUAGCUUAUACCUGAUAAUUGCAGGCAUUGCAUUCAUAUCGAGCAUUUUUUUCUAUUGCUAUGGUUUAUUCAAAAUUUUCGGUCAAUUAAAAUCGAAUAAUUUGGUUCCUGAGGUCAGUAUUCCACAUGAAAUGAUAAGUGAACGGCCAAUGAUGUUGAACAUAUAAAACAAGAUAAUACAUCAAGUAAAUUCUUCUUAUUUUCUAUUUUUCAAUUUCUUUCGCAAGAGAAAUCAGUUUGAAGAAAGAUUAAAAUAAGAUUUUUCUAUGUGUUUCACAAUAAAUUUAUAACUUUUGUGUAAUGAUAAGUUGAGGCGUGUGCUUUUUUAAUUUCUUUUUGAUAAUUAUCAAAAAUUAAUUUAUUAAUGAAUCUAAAACUUGAUAGAGGUGAUAAAGAUCAGUUUUUAUUGGUAUA